CACUGCUGUCAAAACAGUAAAAUGGAUUCGAUUAGUUUUUUUCUUAUUGUUGUCGCUUGUCUCUUAUGUUUGCUACGAAGCUGUACCGUCUAGUUUCUGAAUAUUUGUUGCAAACGGACACGAUAUAGCAAAUGAGAUCUAUUGUUUGUAUAACUGCUGUGUGUUGGUAUUUAUAGUUUAACAUUAUUCUAGAAUUACGAUCGCAGUAUUGCACACCACCUCCCGAGGGUGCUGUAAAACGUCAUAUAAUCACGCAUCGCCAAUACGAUACGAUUGUUCAAACAAACUUCUAUAGCGAGCUGAAUCCACACGAAUUGAAACGGUACAGCGAAAACGAUAUCGAAAUACAACUACUAGUAACUCGAACCACUAGCUUCCAUCAACUCGCACCCGUACCGGGUUCGUGGUUUCGUUCUCAGUUCCCGACAUCAGGUUUAUAAUUGAACGACGCAGGACGGGGCGUUUCCGAUUAGAUUCGGAAGUAAGCUCAAACCACGAAACUAAGGCUGGUCCCUGGUACGAUAUGAUGGUCCCAUUUCGACGUAAGAAAUCUAACAAACAAUUUCCAGUGAAAGUAUGUACCUUUGAUUCGGAGCUUGAAUUUCACCUUGAGCACCGAGCAACAGGUAGAUACUUGUUUGAAUUAAUAUGUCGAACGAUCGGCCUGCGCGAGACAUGGUACUUUGGGUUGCAGUUCGAAGAUUCCAAAGGAAACCUGUCAUGGCUGAAAAUGGACAAGAAGGUCCAGGAUCAGAGCGUGCACAUGACAAACGGUAGCUGUAUGUUUAUAUUCUUAGCCAAGUUUUUUCCCGAAAAUGUGGCUGAAGAGCUGGUACAGGAGGUAACGCAGCAUCUGUUCUUUCUACAAAUAAAACAAGCCAUAUUGUCGAUGGAUGUAUACUGUCCGCCAGAGGCAUCUGUGUUGCUUGCUUCAUACGCGGUGCAAGCUAAGUACGGCGAUUAUGACGAAGCAGUAUGCAAGCCAGGGAUGCUGAUCAGCGAAAAUUUGCUGCCUCAACGCGUGAUCGAUCAGUAUCAAAUGACGCCCCAAAUGUGGGAAGAACGCAUUAAAACGUGGUAUGCAGAUCAUCGAGGUAUGUCAAGAGAUGAGGCAGAAAUGGAAUAUCUAAAGAUUGCGCAGGAUCUGGAUAUGUUUGGUGUCAACUACUUUCCUAUAACGAAUAAGAAAAACACGGAAGUUUGGCUUGGUGUGACGGCGUUGGGAUUGAACAUUUAUAACAAAGAAAACAAGUUACUGCCAGUGACAACUUUCCAGUGGAAUGAAAUCCUGCACAUCAGUUUCGACGAUCGAAAGUUUGUGGUGAAAACUAAUGACAGCAAAAGUCCGAAGCCUGUGAUAUUCUAUUCGCAAAAGCUGCGUAUCAACAAAUUGAUAUUGGAUCUGUGCGUGGGCAACCACGAUCUUUACAUGAAACGGCGCAAACCCGAUACGAUGGAAAUUCAACAAAUGAAAGCCCAAGCGAAAGAGGAAAAGCAACGAAGGCAAGUCGAGCGGAAUAAGUUAACGCGCGAAAAGCAGCUGCGUGAAGCGGCAGAGCGAGAAAAGGCAGCGAUGGAGCAAAGACUGAUGCAGCUGCAGGAAGAGAUGAGAGCCGCGAACGAAGCUUUGCAUCGCAGUGAAGAGGCAGCGGAACUUUUGGCGGAAAAAAAUCGCCUUGCUGAGGAAGAGGCAAUGCUACUCUCUCACAAAGCCCAGGAAGUCGAGCAGGAGAUCAAUCGGAUGCGUAUGACUGCUCGCAAAACGGAAGAAGAAAAGAUGUACCUGGAGCGAAAGACACAAGAAGCAGAGUUACUCACUGCUCGCAUGAUGGAGGAAUCACGCAAACGAGCUUUAGAGGCCGACAAGUUAAAAAAUGAACUGAUACACGCGCGUGUGGCAGAAAAGGAAGCGAAAGAAAAAUUGCUGAAUUUUCUAAGUCGAACGUCCACCGAAUCGAUACUCAUUACACCUUCUUCAUCACCGGAAUCUCCUAUGCAUGAAAUGCAUUCGUACGAUCUCUUGGCCGACGGUGAUAUGGAACAACUUUCACUGGAAAUCGAAAAAGAACGGGUUGAAUACUUGGCCAAGUCGAAACAAGUACAGAAUCAGCUCAAGGAGCUUCGCUCUGAAAUUGAGCAACUAAAAAUCGGUGAGAAUCAGUGCCCACUGGAUGACAUCAAUGCCGAGCAGUUGCGGCUAGGUGAGACAAAAUAUUCCACCCUGAAAAAGGUUAAGUCCGGUUCAACAAAAGCACGAGUAGCCUUUUUUGAGGAACUGGAGCCGGAAGAAUCGAUAGUGUAAAACAUUACGAUCGGUUACGAUUUUCUCGUAUCUAGCACAACCUAUCUCAGGAAUGACAACUAUUAUAAGGUGCCUUGCAAAAUUAACGAACAUAUCAGACAGUUUCGAACGAAACCAAAGCCAGAAAAGAGCUCGGGCCAUGAGAGCAAAUGCGAACCAAUUGUUAAGACUAUUGUUAUGCCGGAAAACUUCAACAGACUGUCAGUUUCUUCUAAUGAGGUGACACAAUGGAACGUUUUCUAUUGAAAUAGAUUCAAAUGUUCCUGCGUCGACAAUAAAUUGAAAUUUUAUGUUUAUAA